UGACGGUCUUCUUCGAAUCUUCGUUUCUUACUUCCUUAAUCUUCUGAAUCCAGGCUCUAGUUCCCGAAUCUCCGGCAGAAGGCAGAACCACGGAAGUCGGUAGAACGUAUCAACCUUAAAGACUCGGUCCUCACCUAAGGAAAGUCACGUCCGGGACAGCCGCAUACCAGAUAGGUUUUUAUUAAACAUCACAUUUUCAGAUCGCUUCUUUAUCACAAGACAAGUAUGGCCAAAGUCAUCUGCAGAAGACUUCGCGAUGGAGUAUCCGAAGGUGAACAUGCUCCAGCUCUCAUGAUAAUGGAUUCAAUCACCUCGCCUUUUGGAACACGGCUUCUCGAUCACAUCCUUGCCCAACUUUUUAACAACAUACUGGAGGGGAAAUCACAAGCGCAAUGUCUCGUGAUCGUCGCCUUUUCUCGCAUCCCAGCUUUGUAUAGGGAUAUAUUUGAAAGAAUAAGCGGAAAUGGAGACUCUCUGAAUACGCGCAUCCGGAUAUUAGAUUGUUACACGGAUCCUCUUGGUUGGAAGGAACGAUUGGGUGAAUCUGGAGUUGUUUCAAAUAUAUAUUCACAAGCUUCAAAGAUGGUGAGGCCCUGCAAGAGUGUGAGGGACUCGAACAACUUGUUUUGCUCAAUUACUGAGCUAGGGAAAGAAUUGGUUGGGAAUGGAAAAGAGCGUUUCUUGGUUGCCAUUGACUCGGUAUCAGACAUGUUAAGACAUACACCGACAUCUUCAGUUGCUAGCCUUUUAUCUAAUCUUCGGAGCCAUGACAAAGUCUCUUCUCUAGUUGGUUUAGUUCAUUCAGAUCUUCAUGAUAGCAAGGCCAGUGCGGUUCUUGAAUAUUUAUCCUCUAUGGUGGCUUCUGUUGAAUCUGUUUCAACAACAAUGGAUGGAUUGCAAGGUAAUACUGAAGAUUACUGCAGAGGGAGGCUUCUAGUUCGGAUGCAGCUCAGAACUGGAAGAGUUAGAGUACUGAAUGAAGAUUUCUGUAUUGAACAAUCAGACAUCAAGUUUAUGGAUACUGCUGUUGACAAUGGUGGGAUUACUACUGCUCAAAGUCUAGUUCCCAAGGUACAAUUUAAUUUGCAACUGUCAGAAAAAGAGAGGAUGGAAAGGGCAAAAGUGGUACUUCCAUUUGAACACCAAGGAAAUGGCAAACCAAUUGACAUCUACGAUGGCCGGAGAUCUCUGAUAGAGAACACAAUGACGGAGAACAAGUCGUCUGUACUUCCUAAGAAAUUGGAAGGAAAUGAUGACAAUGGAAAAGGUGGUGAGAUAAUCUAUUUCCGUGAUUCAGAUGAUGAGAUGCCAGAUUCGGACGAGGACCCAGAUGAUGAUUUAGACAUAUGAUUAGUUAGUACAUGCACUUUGAAGAAGAGGAUCUGAACUGGGUUGUGAUAAUUUUGUUGUGUAAAUUAUUGUUAGCUAUGAACAAUUAGGUUAUUAUUGAAGAAGGGUUUUUGCUCAAAGUGUUUGUAAAGCUGCUCUGCAUUACAAAAGGGAGAUGUUUGGCUUACUUUAAAAAUGAACAUUACCAACAUUC